AUGCCUGUUAUCGAAGUCCGUACAAAUUUAAAAAAGGAGGAGAUCCCAGCCGGCUUCCUGAAACGUCUCUCGGACAAAGGCGUUGAACUCACAAAGACUCAAGAAUCUGUAAGUGAAACAAAUGAUUAAACUGGCCUUCAUAAACUCAAAAUAAUGGCCCGGAUAAACAGUAAACCGGUAUUCUUUUUUAUUAUUGUUUUGCAGAAGCUAUUCAGCAUAAUUUUAGUUAAUGGUGGCUCAGCUCGACUCUGAUCGAGUUAUGUCAUUUGCCGGAACUGAGGAGCCUUGCGCCGUCGUUACAUUACGCUGUAUUGGUGUGAUCAAGGACCCAGAGCAAAUCCAUGUCAUCGCCGAUGAAGUGAACAAGUUUAUAAGCAAGGAAUUGGGAAUCAAGCCAGAACGGUGAGUAUUAGACCUAUUUUUUGUGCCAGCCUUGUUUCUGUUGAUAAGAUGGUCGAUGAAAUGAACGAAAAUUGCUAUUGUACCGCAAACCAUACGCAGAUUGAAGUGCUCUGCAGACUGUUAACUUUUGUCAAAAUCAAAACCUUUUGUAAAAAAGCAACACCUUCUUAUACCAAUUUCCGGUUCGCUUCGAUCGCUUUUUCACCUUUUUUCUCGAAGGAAAUCUAAUCCUAUCCGUAUAUCACCGUUUGUAAAACUCAAAAAUUGAUCAAAGUAUGCGUUCACUAACUUCAAACUGUGGAAAUAAAUUACAUGAAGAAUGGAACACAAAUCAAAAUUUGAAGUUUGAUUUGUUACAGCAGUUUUUUCCAGAGCUAAAAUUUAGCUGUUCUGUCAUCAGUAAUCGAAUGUGCUGCUGUGAAAAAGGUAUGGCCAUCUUUCGUGGAACAGAAACCUUACCAAAUAUCAAAACUUUCAAAUAUCGCGUUUCUCGUCACAGUUUUCUUUUCAAAGUGGAGAGGAGAGUUGAAUAGGGAUUUAGAUUUGUUUCACACGAAGCUUGUAGUGCAAGAUUGAGAAGUCAAAAGUUCGAAAAAAACCGCUGCUCAAGUCCAACCCGAUCACUUUCUCAGCCCGACCUUUUCUAAACCUAAAAGCUUUUCAGGUUCUAUACUCUCUACAAUGAGCUGGCCGCGGACGACGUGGCCUACACCGGACUCACUGUCCCCGAACUCAAGAAGAAACUUGGCCUCGCUUAG